AUGGCCCCGGACCUGGAGGAGCUGAUUCUCAUCCCGGCCGCUUCACACUCGGCUGUGAACCGCCCCAGCGCACGCUUUGGAACACACCCUCCGGUCCCCCUUCUUAUGGAGGGGAACCACCACCCCAGUCUGCCAAUCCAGGGGGACUGUCCUCGACCUCCGAUGUUGAAGAGACGUGUCAACCAUGACAGCCCGACAACAUCCAGAGCUCUAAGAUACUCAGGACGGAUCUCGUCCACCCCCGAAGCCUUGCCACCGUGGAGUUUUUUGACCACCUCGGUGACUUCAGCCUGGGUGAUGAACGAAUCCAGGCCCAAGCACCCCGUCUCUUCAUCCCCCAUGGAAGGCGUGUCUGCUCUCCUCUGGAUAACCACACGACCUGCAGCAGCUCAUCAGAUCAAAAAUGAGUUCAUUGACAUGGUGACUGAGGUCAGAGGGUUCACCGACCCACAGAAGGAGGAGUACUUCAGGAAGAGGUUCAGAGAUGAAGAGAAGGCAAGCAGGAUCACAUCUCACAUUAAAAGAUUAAAAAGUCUCUUCAUCAUGUGUCACAUUCCCGCUGAUGUCUUGGAUAGUUUGUUGAAGACCAGAGAUAGAGCAGAGCUGCCAAAGACCCUGACUGGGAUGUACAUCCACUUCCUGAUACUUCAGAUCAAACGGAAAAUGAUCAAGUAUGGUCGAAGACAGAAGACAGAGUCCCCAUGGACUCGAGAGAACAUUGAGAUGGUUAAUUCUCUGGGAAAACUGGCCUUUGAGCAGCUGCUGGAAGGAAACCUGAUCUUCUAUAAACCAGACCUGGAAAAGUGUGGCAUUGACAUCCAAGCUGCUUCGUGGUUCUCAGGAGUGUUCACUGAGAUCUUUAAAGAGGAAAGAGGGAUGGACAACAUCUCAGUCUACUGCUUUGUUCAUCUGAGCUUCCAGGAGUUUCUGGCUGCAGUCUACAUGCUCCACUGUUUCACCAGCAGGAACACAGAGGUGGUGGAGAACUUCCUGGGAGAAGAAUGCAGAGAAACAUCUCUGGAGGACUUCAUGAAGAAAGUCCUGGAGAAAUCUCUCAGCAGUAAAAAUGGCCAUCUGGACAUGUUUCUUCGCUUCCUUCAUGGCCUCUUGGUGGAGUCCAACCAGAGCCUCUUAGGAGGCCUGCUGGGUCAGAUGGAGACCAGUCCAGGAACCAUCCAGAGAGUCAUAAAUAAUCUGAAGGAGGUGAAAACUGAUGAAGAUUUUUCUCCUGAUAGAAGCAUCAACAUCUUCCACUGUCGUCAGGAGAUGAAGGACCUCUCAGUUUAUCAGGAGAUCCAACAGCUCCUGAAAUCAGAGAAGUACCUCUCAGAGACCCAGUGCUCAGCUCUGGCCUACAUGCUGCAGAUGUCAGAGGAGGUUCUGGAUGAGUUCGACCUGAUGAAGUUCAACACAUCAGAGAAUGGAAGACGUAGGCUGGUUCCAGCUGUGAGGGACUGCAGAAAGGCUCGACUUGGUGGCUGUGAACUCACUAAGGCUGAAUGUGAAGCUGUGGCCUCAGCUCUGAAGUCCAACCAUCACCUGACUGAAGUUGAAAUAGAGAAGAUAUGUGGAGAUAACCUCUUUAAAGACUCUGGAAUGAAGCAUCUGUGUGAGAUAUUGGAGAGUUCAAUCUGCAAAGUGAAGAAACUGAGAUUGAAAAACGUCAAAUUGUCAGAGAUCAGCUGUGCUUCUCUGGGCUCAGCUCUGAAGUCAAAUCCAUCCCAUCUGACAGAACUGGAUCUGAGCGGAAUUGACCUGGACCCUGAAAUGAAGGAUCUCUGUUGGUUUCUCCAGUCUCCCCUCUGCAAACUACAGACACUGAGAUUGGAUUACUGCAGGUUGUCAGAGAUCAGCUGUAUUUCUCUGGGCUCAGCUCUGAAGUCAAAUCCAUCCCAUCUGACAGAACUCGACCUGAGCCAAAACAAACUGGACCCUGAAAUAAAGGAUCUCUGUGGGUUUCUCCAGUCUCCCCUCUGCAAGCUACAGAAAUUGAGAUUAAGGAGCUGUGGUUUGUCAGAGAUCAGCUGUGCUUCUCUGGUCUCAGCUCUGAAGUCAAACCCCUCACAUCUGGAACACCUGGACUUAAUGAACAACAACCUGAAGCAGUCUGAUGUUCAGCAGCUGCAGGAUCUUGUAGAGAGUUCAGACUACAAACUGACACUGAAUUGGGGGGAAACGGUGGAGUAUCCUGACGAUGAGGAUUACACUGACUAUGAUGAUUAUAAUGACCAUGAGGAUUACACUGACCCGAUCGACUUUGAGGAUUACAGUGACCAUGAGGAUUACACUGACCCGAUCGACUUUGAGGAUUACAGUGACCAUGAGGAUUACACUGACCCGAUCGACUUUGAGGAUUACAGUGACCAUGAGGAUUACACUGACCCGAUCGACUUUGAGGAUUACAGUGACCAUGAGGAUUACACUGACCCGACCGACUUUGAGGAUCACAUUGACCAGACCGACUUUGAGGAUUACAGUGACCUCACCGUCGGUGACGAUUGCACUGACCAGGCUGGCUGUGACGAUUACAGUGACCUCACCGUCGGUGAGGAUUACACUGACCAGGCUGGCUUUGAGGAUUACAGUGACCUCACCAUCGGUGAGGAUUACCCUGACCAGGCUGGCUUUGAGGAUUACAGUGACCUCACCGUCGGUGAGGAUUACCCUGACCAGGCUGGCUUUGAGGAUUACAGUGACCUCACCGUUGGUGAGGAUUACACUGACUACACCGACUUUGAGGAUUACACUGUCAAUGAUGACUACUGA